AAAGUGGUGUAUCUGCUGGCAUGACAGACUGGUUUCUAGCAUUGCCCAUGAGUCUGGUCUCUUUUUGAAGCAACUCUUGUCUUCCCUUUCAACUUCAACUCAACCCUCAAUCAAACUCAUUCUGUCUUUUCUUCUAUUUUUAUUUCUAUCCAAUCAUCCAUGGCCGAGGAACCCCAAAAACCAGCCUCCGCUGAAGAAGUGGUCGGUGUUCCUGCGGAGAACCCACCAUCUGAAGCCGAAGCUGAAAACAUCGAAGCAGAGAAGGCCCAGAGUGGUGUAGAAGACAAGAUUUCCCAGUCGGUUUCGUUCAAGGAGGAGACCAACGUGGUUGGCGACCUCCCCGAGGCGCAGAAGAAAGCCCUUGAUGAGCUCAAGAAGCUUGUUCAAGAAGCGCUCAACAACCAUGAGCUAACUGCUCCCAAGCCAGAACCGGAGAAGAAGAAACCAGCAGCAGAGAAGAAGGAGGAAGUUGAAGUGACAGAAGGGAAGAAGGAAGCUGAAGUCAUAGAAGAGAAGAAGGAAGUGGAAGUGACGGAAGAGAAGAAGGAAAUUGAAGUAACAGAAGAGAAGAAGGAAGCUGAAGUCAUAGAAGAGAAGAAGGAAGUGGAAGUGACGGAAGAGAAGAAGGAAAUUGAAGUAACAGAAGAGAAGAAGGAAGCAGAAGUGAAAGAAGAGAAGAAGGAAGGGGAAGUGACGGAAGAGAAGAAGGAAGUUGAAGUGACGGAAGAGAAGAAGGAAGCGGAAGUGAUAGUAGAAGAGAAGAAGGAAGUUGAAGUGACGGAAGAGAAGAAGGAAGUGGAAGUGACCGAAGGAAAGAAAGAAGUGGAAGUGAUCGAAGAGAAGAAGGAAACAGAAGUGACAGAAGAAAAGAAAGAAGUGGAAGUAGAAGUGAGGGAAGAGAAGAAGGAAAGUGAAGUGAAAGAAGAAGAAAAAGGUCGGGAGGUUGUUCCAGAGGAAGUUGAGAUAUGGGGAAUUCCCCUGCUGGGGGACGAGAGGAGCGAUGUGAUUCUGCUAAAGUUUCUUAGGGCAAGGGAUUUCAAGGUGAAGGAGGCCUUGAACAUGAUAAGAAACACGGUGCGAUGGAGAAAGGAAUUUGGAAUAGAGGGUCUAGUGGAGGAAGAUCUUGGAAGUGAUUGGGAGAAGGUGGUGUUCAAGGAUGGAUACGACAAAGAAGGGCACCCGGUGUACUACAACGUCUUUGGGGAGUUUGAGGACAAGGAGUUGUACAGCAAGACGUUUUUGGACGAGGAAAAGAGGAACAAGUUCAUAAGGUGGAGGAUUCAGUCGUUGGAGAAGAGCGUUAGAAGCCUUGACUUCUCUCCGAAUGGGAUAUCGACAAUAGUUCAGGUGAACGACCUUAAGAACUCUCCCGGACUGGGCAAGAGGGAACUGAGGCAGGCCACCAAUCAGGCCCUUCAACUGCUUCAGGACAACUACCCUGAGUUCGUUGCCAAGCAGAUAUUCAUCAAUGUCCCCUGGUGGUACCUUGCCUUUUCUAGGAUGAUCAGUCCCUUCUUCACACAGAGGACCAAGAGUAAAUUUGUUUUUGCUGGCCCUUCCAAAUCUGCUGAUACCCUUUUCAGAUAUAUAGCUCCGGAGCUGGUCCCGGUUCAAUACGGUGGUCUUAGCAGAGAGGCUGAACAGGAAUUCACCUCUGCUUACCCUGUUACGGAGUUUACUAUUAAACCCGCUACCAAACAUUCUGUUGAGUUCCCUGUUUCUGAGAAAAGCCAUCUUGUUUGGGAAAUCCGAGUGGUGGGUUGGGAUGUCAGCUAUGGAGCUGAAUUUGUGCCCAGCGCUGAGGAUGGAUACACUGUCAUAGUACACAAGAGCAGGAAAAUUGCUCCCGCCGAUGAGACCGUUCUUACCAACGGUUUCAAAAUUGGUGAACCUGGCAAGAUUGUACUCACCAUAGACAACCAAACAUCCAAGAAGAAGAAACUCCUCUACAGGUCCAAGACCAAACCCAUUGCAGAGUAACUUGAAUAAGGAUGUUACUGUUACUGUUAUAUUCAUCAUUACAACCACAACAACAUUCGUGGGUGGGGCGAGGGACUUAAUUCUUUCAUACGGGGUUCUUCUUUUCUUCAUUUGCUUUAUUAUUUUGUUUCAAGUCUGGGUUUGGGCUAUUUCAUUAAAAGCUUACAGUAAUUUCCUGUCUUCUUUAUUUGGUUUUUGGAAUUGGAUAAAACCUUUGCUGCUUUGACUGGGCGAAGGAGGGAUCAUUAUCUGGACGGGCUUCAUUUGUACAUGAAACAAUUAAUGUCUGUUUGCAUGGUGAUAUACUUUUAUGCCUGUAAAGUUUGUUUAAAUGCGAUCAUGUAUUCCUUAUUCCCGUAUAUAAUUCAAAUUUGCUUCAUUGUUUCUGUUA